CAAGGAGACAUGUAAUGGCUGUCCUUUGUCGGUUUUGAAGCUGACACCAAAGGAAUCUAGGCUAACUUGCUAAACGUAACAGCCUCACAGCAACUUCGCGACGCUUGGAGCAGCUUUGGAAUGCGCUAGGAAGGCUUGCACCAAUGAGCUUCAUUACAACCUCUUUUUGCUACUAGCGGCUUUAUGUCAAGACCUCGUUCGUGGUAGUCCGUCGUGGCGCGGGAAGCUGGUUUACUCAUGACGGGCAGGCAGGACUAGGGUCGCAGACCGCGAAGAUGUAUUGUGACGAUGGAAUUGUGGAGUUUUGGGAGAACCAGCGCUACUGGGGCUUGACCUGGGGCGUGCCGCUGCUGCCAUUCGACUGGCCUGCCUUCAGCGAUGCCCAGGGCAACGCCGUACAGCUCACGCGGCCUCCCGAGCGCGAGGGCGAGCGCGGCUGGUUCAUCGUGCGCACGCUGGGAACCGACGAGGAGGGCUGGCGCUACAGCACGGUGUUCUCCAAGCUCACCACUCCGCGCCCGGGCGGCCGCUCCUCCAAGCGCUCCUCCGACUAUGUGCGCAGCCGGGUGUGGAGGAAGUUAGCGGCGGAACCCGCGGUGGUGGAGGAGUCAGAUCUGGAGCUGCAGGCGCUCUUCCACCCCUCGGAGCAGUCAGCCACCACCACCACCACCAGAGCAGCAGCAGCGGGUGGGCUAGAUGCCGGCGGGCUGUCCGCCACCCUGUCAGGCGGCUCUGCAGCACCCGGCGGCAGCAACAAGGACCCCCCCGGGGCGGGGGACCUGCCGGCGGUGGCAACAGGGGGCGCCGCAGGCGCCUCCGCCGCGGUGGCAGCGGCGGCAGCCUCCGCCUCCGCCAGGGGAUCUGGAACCCGCCCCCGGGCUCGUUUGCAGCCCGAGGCGGAGCGGAUCCUCAUGAGUGCUGUCGCCGCCGCCGGCAUCAGCGCCGCGCGUAGCGGCGGUGGCGGAGGCCGCGGCGGCGGCGGCGGGACCGGCGGAGGCGGCGCGCUGCCCAAGCCCAGCCUGUUCAAGCUCUGGCAGAUCUUCAUGGAGCUCUGGAAUGACGCAUGCGCGCGUCACGGCAUGCGGCGGUUGGUUCCGCUGGACCCCUUGGGGCUGUACGUCGCGGCGCGACGUCACUGGGAGCUGCUGACGCGGCUGCGGCGGGAGCAGUUGGCUGUGCGGCGGCUGGUGGCGGCGGUGCCGCUGGCGACGGAGGUGGAGCCGGAUAUCCUUGACGGACAGCAAGACGCGCAACAGCAGCAGGAAGCGGCGGCGGCGGCGACAGGGGCGACGGGAGCGGCGGCGGGGUCGCAGCAAGCGGCGCAGGCGGCAAUGGCGGCUGCCGCCGCCACGGCGGCGGCGCAGGCGGCGCAACACCGCUCGCCAACGGUCGGCGAGACGCCGACUGGAGCGGCGAUCACUCAGCCGGCGGCGCCGCAACCGGCGACCAUACACCAUCAUGGAGCCAGCGGCGCCGCCACCAUUAUCACCGGCGGCGGCGGUGGUGCCACGGCUGGCGGUCGCGUGAGCAGCUGCGGCAGUGGCGAUGUGGAGUUGUCUGCGGACCAGGGUCUUCUGCCCGACCUGUCGGACCCCGCCACGCUGCUGGGGGAGCUGUUGACCGCCACCAACUACGCGCGGGCGGCGUACGGAUAUGCCAUGGCGGCAGGCCACCUUACCUCCCUGACCAAGUUGCUCACGAUGUUCGGCUCCUCGGCGCACUUCAACCCCAUCACGGGAGCCUCCGCGGAGGCCAACCUGGAGGCCAUACACCUGUUCACGGGCAUCCCCGUUGAGGACGUUGUGAUGGCCGAGUGGCGCUCCUCCGUGUUCCGCCCCUGCCACUACCUGGCGGUGGACCGGAGGAGGAGGCGGCUGGUGCUGGCGGUGCGGGGCAGCCUGGAGCUGGCGGACAUUGCAACAGACCUGACGGCGAGGCCUGUGGAGUUUGAUUUUGGUUGCGGGCUGACGGGGUGGGUGCACCAGGGGCUCAUGUCCGCCGCCUCCUACGUGCAACUCAACACGGCGGCGGCGCUGCGGGCGGCGGCGGAGCGCUUCCCGGGCUGGCCGCUGCUGGUGACGGGCCACUCCCUGGGCGCGGGUGUGGCGGCGCUGCUCACGCUGCUGCUCCGCCAGCCAGGCCGACCCAUGUCCGCGCCGCCCGCCAUCCCGGUGGUGCACUGCCUGGCCAUCGCGCCUCCCGCGGUGCUCAGUGCGCGGCUGGCGGAGGCGGCGCGGGGCUACUGCGUGAGUGUGGUGAACGCGGGCGACUUCGUGGCGCGGCUGAGCUGCUACUCGGUGGACCGGGCGCUGCUGGAGCUGGUGCAGGCCAGCCCCGCCGCCCAGAUGGCUGACACGCUGCUGCAGUCCACCGGGGCCACCUGGGCCGCCAUACAGCAGCGGCUGGCGGCACUGGGGG